CGGACGGUCUCCGACUCUCCCCUGUUGAUCGCGCCGUCGCCACAAAAUUUCCAGUCGACGCUGCUCCUGACUGGAGUCCAAUACGAGACCGUUUUCUUGAACAAAACAACGAUCAGUGAAGAAAACGACCGGAGGUGUUCAUCACAUUUCACGCUCUUCUUCUUUCGAUUGAGAUAACCGCGAAUUUUUUUUUUUCUCUGCACGAGGAGAAAGAUGGGUCAAGCUCAGAGCGACGUGUCAGCGAGUGAAGCAGCUUCGGAUGAUCGAUCUCGAGGCGGGCCGUCGGCAUCUCCAUCUGCCGGUGCCGCUACGACCAUGGAUUCUCUGAUUGCGGAAGCUGCAGCAUAUGCUGAUGACGAAAAUGAGUCUCUAGAUGCGAAGGCACAGAAAGCUUUGGAAUGUCCAUGCAUAGCUGACUUGAGAAGUGGCCCAUGUGGAAACCAGUUUUCUGAAGCUUUUGUGUGCUUCUUGAAAAGCACCACUGAAGAAAAGGGCUCGGAUUGUGUCAAUCCGUUUGUUGCUCUGCAGAAUUGUAUCAAAGCCAACCCUGGCGCAUUCUCUAAAGACGUUUUAGAAGGUGAUGAUGACGAUGUCAAGAAAGAGGAAGAGCUGAAGCAAGAGUACCGAAUCAUCCCUCCCACAUGGUCCAAAGAAUCGCACAAAGCGAAGUCCAAGCUUUAACACCAUUUCCCUUAGCCUCCCCUCUCGCUUGCACAAGGACAUGUAGCAGUUAGAAAAAUUGUUAAGUCAUUUCAUCCCAGUUUGUUUAGGUAUCAUAUGAAUAUUCAUUACUUUGCAAUAGCCAAUGCUCUGACGCUCGCACUUCCAUUUUCAAUACUCUGGUUCCAUCCAACAUUGGGGUAGUUAUUGCCACCUUGCUGGAUACGCGAAAGAAUGCCUGCGUUCUUUUGCUAAUAAAUAUUUCAGAAAGUCGCUUAGUAUGUUUUAAA